AUGGCACAUCAAACAACACAUCGUCCCCCGGCUGUAGUUUUCGAUCGAAUUUUAUCAGAAAUACAUCUGGGGUUAACGUCAUCUGUGCGCGGUUUCAUAUUAGCGUGGAACAAUGAUUACGUGUGGAAAACACAAUUAAAAUCCUUCUCUAGCUUAUUGAUUUCAACGUUGACUGUUUAUGUUGUCAUCGUAUGUUUUUGUAUUCCAUUUCGUAUGUUACUUUGGUUUCUAUCGUUCAGCCCUCUGUUCAAUACCGAAACAUACGCUCAUUUACAUGAUCUGCUGUCACCGUCGAAUUUAUUGGUUCGUCUGUGUUGGUUCAUACCAUUAUUCGCCGUCUUCGUCAUGAACAAUUUACUAGGCUAUGAGAAGGUGUUUUUCUCUGUUCUUUAUUCUCUUCAUCCAACGUUUGCUUACCAAUUACAGUUAAGACCUCGUCAAAAGUUUUUAACUAUGUUAUAUUAUUUUAUUCGACGUACGACGAUUCUACUUGGUUUUGUUAUGUUAAUCAACUUGUUUCGAUCAGUACCCUUAUUAGGUCGUUUUGUUCCUGCUUUGUGGCUGUUAAAUUAUGUUCGUCAUACACUCUCACACACUAAAAGUUUAGCAGUUCGAGUUGUUCUUUUAUCAAUGAUUGCUAUCGUAGCAUUUUUCGAACCUAUCCAGUCGUACGCUAUGUCACUAUUACACAUUCAGCUGGCAGCAACAUCUCUUGCUCGAGAAUUAUUCGACACCUAUUUAUCUCGACUUCAUCAUACGAAAACGCCUUUACCACCAGUACCUCUUGAGAAACCUCAAGUUUAUUCAAAUACAUUAUCUACAUCAUUUUAUAUGUUUGGUUUUCAACUUCCCAAAAUAAUUCAACCAUUGCCGCUUUCAACAAUACACGAACUUGCUCCUCACAAACAUGUUCGACACUUUUUACGUAAACAUUAUGUAUCUUUACUUAUAUUUACUUUGCCCUAUGUAUUUUUAUUGUCUAUACCGUUGUUUGGCUUUUUCUGUGUCGGUUUUGCGCAUGGUGCAGCUGCGUAUGCUCUUUUGGCUAUUAUGCAAGCUGAAAUAGAGAGAAAACAGCAGCAGCAGUGA